UAUGAUGUGGUUGAUGAUAAUGGUUGAUUUAAUUGUUGAGAAAAUAGGUUUGCACAUAAAUUGUUGCCAUUAAUUUUUUUAAUUUUCUGAGUUUUCUUAUCAAUCAAAUCAACGUGAUCAUAAUUGUUAAGUUUGUGUGUUGUUAAUUAAACUAUGGUCUCUGAUUACAAUAGAUCUCAUUUAUCAUCAAUUAGUGUCUCAUCAUCAACUCAAAUUGAAUUAAUUAACUUGAAUCAGUUUAACUCACCAUUAAUCAACAAUAAUCCAUUAAGUGAUUUAGACAACAAUAAUAAUCAAAUUAAAUCAAAUUUAAGCGAAAAUGUUAAUUAUUGGUCAAGAAGAAGAGGCAAAAAAAUGAUUAACCAAAGAUUAAGUUUGUCAACAGUUGAGACAACAACAAAUGAAUCCACUGAAUCAACUAAUUGUCCAGUUGAUUUACGUCAACAAUUAACUGGUGAGUUGAAUUAUUUUUUCAAAAAUCCAAUGGACAAAUGGAGGAUAACCAAGGCUUUCCCUUGGAAAUUGUUUCUACAAUUUGUUAAAUUAAUUGUUGUCACAAUUCAUAUAACCUCAAUUGGCUUUGAAAUGUCAUCAUUUAUAACCAAGGAAAAGGUGAUGGAGGCCACUUUAAGGUCACUUAUUUUCCAAGAUUGGGAAUCGAACCAAGAGUUGAACGUUUAUCCACCGGGUCGAGGUCCUUAUGCCGUUUACACGAAGGCCAAUUUUUUCGGUAACCUUGAUUUCGCAAUUAAAUCAAUUGCUACUCUUCAAGAGGAGGGAAUCAAUUUGUUUGCUUAUGAUUCAUUGGCUCGAGAUCAAGUAUCGCCGAUGACCCUUGUCAUCCGGGAAUUGUCCACUUCCGUUUUGAAUCCGUUUGACUUUGAUUAUCAUAUUAACCCGAUUGAGGUUGAACGUCGGGUUCCCAUUGAAAGUGACCUGCCCGCCGGUGACAUUGGUUGGGAUUCUUUUAACAUUCAAACUUAUCUUUCAGAGAGAAAUGAAACAAUUGAUUUUAAUUCAGUUAACGAGAUUAAAUUAACCACAAACCUGAGGACAAUUUUUUUCCACUCGCUUACUUCCUAUUACUAUUCACCCGCUUGUUAUAAGGUCAAAGUUAUCAUUACCUACGAUAAUUGUGCCCACUCUGGACAGAUUAAAGUGUCACUGGACACUUAUUGUUUCCGUCAACAGUGUUACGGGAAUUUGGCCUCAUCCUCGUCACCGGCAAUCAUCAAUACCUAUUCUCUGGUCACUUGGACAGUUUUCAUCAUCUCAAGUAUUUCAUUGUAUCUUUGCUGCCGUUCACUAAAAAUGGCCUGGGUUCUUUGGUCGAAAGUCUCCAAAGUGGCCAAAGAUUAUUAUCAAGUCCAAUUAACAAUCGACGAGGAUAGAAAAUUUUUCGAUACUGGUUUAUUGAUUAUUCUCAUUAAUGAUUUAAUCUUUUUUCUUGUCUCGUUCAUCAAAUUAACUAAUAUCGUCGAUCUAAAUGAAGAUAUUGGCCUGGCCAAUCGAUACUCUCUUCUCUAUGGCCUUGGAAUAUUAUUAACCUGGUGCAAUCUCCUUCGUUAUUUGAACCUUUUCGAAAGGUUCAAUGUUGUCACUCGAACCAUAGCAAAAGCGGGUCGAGAUAUUUUCAAAUUUACUUUAGUCGCUUUGAUUAUAUUUACUGGCUAUUGUCUAUCAGGUUGGAUAGUUUUAGGUCCAUAUCAUUUGAAAUUUGCGACACUUAGCAAAACGGUCGAGUGUCUUUUCUCAUUGAUCAAUGCGGACGAUAUGUUUGCGACCUUUGAAUCAACUCGGUACGAUGAAAGUACCAAUGGUUUGGUUAUAUGGUGGUUCAGUCGUCUCUACAUCUAUUCAUUUGUUUCAUUGUUCAUUUAUUUCAUAAUCAAUUUGUUCAUAACAAUUAUAAUUGAAGCUCGUGAUAGUGUUCAAAAUGCUCGUUGCGAUUAUCAAAAGGAUAAAAAUUCAUUUUUAAAGAAAUUCAUGAAUCCUCAACAAGAUAUUAACUUGGCGACUGAGACAAAAUAAUAAACUAUUCAACAAUCAACUGAUUGUUAUGGUGUCUUCAUUGACAAUUGAUGACACAAUUAACUUUUUAACUUAUUACAAAGUAGAUUUUAAAUUGUUUCUGUAUAAACAGUAAUUAGUGAAUAAAAUAUUUUUCUGUAUAAAAA